AUGUCCAACCAAUUUGCUAUUGAAAUCAAUAUCGGUGAAAAAACAGACUACUAUUACGAUAAUAUAGAAGUAAUUGUUGAUUGUUACGAUACUAGCGAUUACUCAAGAUUCACAGUUAAAUGCUUCAUGUACAAUGGCCAAAAGGUCAAUAUACAUUCACCCUUUAUCGACGUCAGCUAUGUGAAUGUAUACUAUGCUAAUGAUGUUAAUUAUCCUUUGUUGAUUGGGCUGCAUUUAUUUAGUGCAAAGCAUGUACGAAAUGUGGACUAUUACUUUGUUCCAUGGUCUAAUGACAAUUGGAAUGGAUAUGCUUUCGGAGACUCCAACUCCUUUGGAAAGAGUGAGCUACCAGAAGUUAUGAAAUUUUUAAAAGAUGAUAGGGGUUCCGGUCUCGAUAAACUGAAGUUUUCAUCUGGAAGAAUUAGUAAGGUUCGCUAUAAUGGUGGAAUCUUUAUAAUGGAAGGUCAUAAUGAAGGAAGUAGUGGAGAAUACAAUCAGAAAGUCGCUGAAAGAAUUCAUACGAACGAACGUGCAGUUAUGCUUGUAUAUGUUUUCUUUCUUUUCUUGGCUGUUGUACUAAUUGGUAUUUUUAUACUCAGGUCCGGGUAUGGUGGACCACUCUUUUUAGGAUAUAGACCACUUCAAUAA